GACGAAUCCGUCCCCUGGAUAGACCGCAACAUCGAUAUGGCCGUCCUCAAGAAGUGCUCGGUGAUGGCUUUGCGAACGCCAAGUCCGGGACCAAUACUUCCUCCUCAACGAACGCGGGGGAACAAUACCCGCCUGGACUCGGCGACGGGGCGAAGAACUAUUGUGAGAGCACCGACGCCCCGAUUUUCGACACCCAAGGACAUGCUCGGCGGGCCGGAGAUGCCCAUUUCGGAGCUCCAACCGAAAAGGGCACAAACGGUUCUGGAGCGAGAUUAUUGCGCGCUGGCUACUAGGCUGCGGGACAAAGGUGACCCAGGAGGAAGUGGAGAGGACGUCUUCAGCCAAAAUUGAGGAUUGCUGCAAGGCAUUAUGGGUUGCACCAAAUGAUUUUCUACUCACACUUGAGGAGAUAUUAAAGGGUCGGUAUUGAGGGAGGUACGGAGCCGGGGAAGUCGCAUGCCGAGAGAAAACGGUAGAGGGGGCGAGGGCGAGGAUAGUGACGAGGACUUUGAGAUAGAAAAUGCCGAGGUAAAGCAGGAGAAGUCCGACGUUCCGAGAGUGAGGGUUGACAAGGAAGCCGUCUGGGCUUGGGUGAUGUACAGGCAAAUCAGAUUAGUCUUGAAAAGGUAUCUGAUCCGGAUGGAUUUAUAAGAAGUAAAAAUGUGUUGGUUCUUAAUUAUUAGCUUUGGCG